AAUGCAGCGCUCUCGCUGGCCAUCCUCCUCCUCCUCCUCCUCCUUCUCCUUCUCCUCUUCCUCCUCCUCCUCCUCCUCUACAGUGGUAAUCCGUGCUGACACCAUGCACAAAGGACUAAAUGCUGGCUGCAUCAGCCAGGCUCUGUUCUUUCUUCUUCCUCUUUCAGCUCUGAUCCUGUACCACCAACCUGUCUAUCUGUACGUCGGGAUGUUGUUUAAAUAGGACUUGGAUCUAUAUAUCACAUCCCUGGAAUCCUGGACUGGCUUUUCUAAUCCUCUGCCCCCCCGUAUCUCCUCCUCCUCCUCAGCCGGUUCAUUCAGGGAGAGCAUCACAACAACGCUAUAACCUUAGGAGGAUUUUCUUUUUCUACAUUCCUCAUUUCUGUAGGUGUUGUCUUUCCUGGAGCUGAUGGGACUACAGGUGGCUAACAUUUUUUUUCUGCGACUGAUGGGUUCAUGUAGCUAAAUAUCAGGGCUGCCUCCUUUGUAUCCUGUUGUUGUUGCGCUCUCUGGUCGUCCUGCUGCACAUCUGUAUGCCAACAGUCACCCCUGAUCUGUUCCCUGAAACAACACUGGUGCCGUCUCUUCCGGCGAUACCCUCUGCACGAUCAGCCUCCGCCUCCCACAAGGCCCGGAGGCGCAGCAGCGGAGGUGACUGUGCUACCAGGCCUCGGCCUUUGCCCUCCAUCUGCAGGCCAGGCCCUAAAAGAGGCAACAUGGAAGUGGGCAUGCGUGUGGUGCGUGGCCUGGACUGGAAGUGGGGAAACCAAGACGAUGGCGAGGGGCACGUGGGCACUGUGGUGGAGAUCGGUCGGCAGGGGAGCACGACGACCCCAGACAAGACGGUGGUAGUUCAGUGGGACAGCGGCACACGAACCAACUACCGUACAGGUUACCAGGGUGCCUACGACCUACUGCUGUAUGAUAAUGCUCAAAUUGGGGUCCGUCACUCCAAUAUCAUCUGUGACAGCUGCAAGAAGCAUGGCAUCAUGGGAAUGCGAUGGAAGUGCAAAGUAUGCUUUGACUAUGACCUCUGCACCCAGUGUUACAUGAACAAUAAGCAUGACCUCGGUCAUCCGUUUGAACGUUAUGAGGUGGCCCAUUCCCAGCCAGUGAACCUGACCCCGAGGCAGAAUCUCCCGCGCAUCAUUCUCAAAGGAAUCUUCCAGGGGGUCAAAGUAGUCCGUGGACCAGACUGGGACUGGGGGAACCAAGACGGUGGGGAAGGUAAGGUUGGGAAAGUGGUGGACAUUCGUGGCUGGGACACAGAGUCUGGCCGCAGUGUGGCCAGCGUUACCUGGUCCAAUGGCACCACCAAUGUCUACCGAAUGGGCCACAAAGGCAAAGUUGAUCUAAAGUAUGUGUCGGAUGGCCAGGGAGGCUUUUACUACAAAGAUCACCUCCCUAAGCUUGGUGAGCAUGCAGAGCUCCAGCGGCAGGAGAGUGCUGACGGCCACUCUUUUCAGCAGGGAGACAAAGUCAAAUGUCUGUUGGAGGUAGACAUCUUGCGACAGAUGCAGGAAGGACACGGAGGGUGGAACCCCAAAAUGGCAGAGUACAUUUGUCGGAUUGGGACUGUUCAUAGAAUAACUGACAGAGGAGACGUCCGGGUCCAGUACAGCAACAACAUCCGCUGGACUUUCCACCCAGGAGCUCUCACCAAGGUGAACACCUUUGGAGUUGGUGAGCUGGUUAGAGUAUUGGACGAGCUGGAAACUGUGAAGAGACUUCAGGCUGGCCAUGGGGAGUGGACAGACAGCAUGUCACCUGUGCUUGGCCAGGUCGGAAAGGUGUUGAAGGUAUAUGCAGACGGUGACCUACGGGUGGCAUUUGGAGGCCAGACGUGGACAUUCAACCCAGCGUGCCUUUCAGCCCAGCCUGCAGAGGUCGAUGCAAACCUCAUGACGGCUGAAAACCCCAACGAAUCUGGAAGUACUGUCAUCUCCGUGCUGGAGAAGCUGCUGUCUCAGUCCACAGAGCAGGACAACCCCAGCAGGCUCGUCAUCGAGGCAGCCCACGGCAGUGCCAACAAAGUGCGGGAGUUGGUGCAAAAGUAUCCUGACAAGGUGGAUAUCAAGAACCAAGGCAAGACGGCUCUGCAGGUUGCCGCUCACCAAGGCCACACAGAGGUGGUGAAGGCCCUGCUGCAAGCCAACAGCUCGGUCGAGGUUAAAGAUGAAGAUGGAGACACGGCAUUACACUACACUGCCUUUGGUAACCAGGCUGAGAUCGCACGGUUGCUGCUGAGCAAAGGGGCGAAUGUCAACGUACUGAACAACUCCAUGUGUACAGCACUCCACAUUGCUGUCAACAAGGGCUUCACUGACGUGGUGCGAGUGCUGAUCGAACAUUCGGCUGACGUCAAUCUCCAGGAUUCAUAUGGGGACACACCGCUCCAUGAUGCCAUUGCCAAGGAUUUCCGCAGCAUCAUCGAAAUCGUAGUCGUAGUGCCCAACAUUGACUUCACCCAGCAGAACCACAGAGGUUUCAACCUGCUUCACCACGCUGCCCUGAAAGGAAACAAACUGGCCACAGAAAGGAUCCUGGCUCGAGCUCGACAGCUAGUGGACGUUAAAAAGGAAGACGGCUUCUCUGCCCUUCAUCUGGCCGCUCUCAAUAACCACAGAGACGUCGCUGAGGUCCUCAUCAAGGAGGGCCGCUGUGAUGUCAAUAUUCGAAACAACCGGAACCAGACGCCAUUACAGCUGGCCGUCACACAGGGCCACACAGACCUGGUCCAGCUGCUUGUGGAUGAGGGCGCCGACGUCAACAUGGAGGAUGAGGAUGGUGACACGGCCAUGCACGUAGCCCUCCUUCGCCCGCAGCUGGCCAACGUCAUGCUCACCCCGUCAGCAGGGGGCAGCAGCACGGAAGAGGGCAGCGAGGGCUGCUCGUCCACGUCGCUCUAUUGCAGGCUGAACUCUUCGGGUCUCCUGGGGAACACCGAACUGAACGUUGCUGUUGCUAUCGCCUGUUUUCUGGCACAAGAAGGUGCUGAUAUCAGCUACGCCAACCACAAGGGCAAGAGUCCUCUGGACUUGGUGGCAGACAGCACCAUGCUGCAGCUCAUAAAGAACUUUUCUGAGAAGCACAGAUUGCAGCGUCUGCAGGCCAUCACAAGUGGACAAGGUCUGAGCAGUGCGAGCCUGCGGCGAGUCCACACAACACCCAACACCAUGACCAACCUGGUUUUUCCCACACCGCCAGGUCCCAGUGAAUGCCUCAUCUGUUCUGAGCUCGCUCUGCUGGUUCUCUUCUGCCCCUGCCAGCACAGUGUGGCCUGUGAAGAAUGUGCACAUCGCAUGAAGAAAUGCAUCAAAUGCCAGGUCACGAUAACCAAGAAAAUACGACAAGACCAAACUGAGGUGGACUGCAGCCCCGGCACAGAAAACUCUGAGCAGCACAACCUCCUGGAGCAGCUACAGUCCCGUUACAGACAGAUGGAGGAGCGCAUCACCUGCCCCAUCUGCAUCGACAACCACAUCAAACUGGUCUUCCAGUGCGGACAUGCCUCCUGCAUUGACUGCAGCGCCGCACUCAAGACCUGCCCGAUCUGUAGGCAGACCAUCCGGGAGCGGAUCCAGCUGUUUGUCUGAGCUCCAGGCUGUCCUCCUAGGUCUGAAUGACCCCAGAGAGGCUGCAGGAAGGGCUGCAGAGCUGCGCCACCCUUGUGACCCCUCAUCUCUUGCUGCUGCACCGUCCUGCACCUCUCCCUGGCAGUGAUUGAACAUUUGCUCAACUUUUAUAAAAGACACUGCUUUAGAAUGCUCAGAGUCCACUGUUACAUUUUGGUUCAUUUGCAUCUUGAACAGCGCAGGAACAUUGCUUUAAUUUUAAUUUCUGCAGCAGGACUGACUCUUAGCUGAGCCCGAGAGGAACCACGUGAGGAAAAGUUGACAUGAUGCCUCCAUUUUGAAUCCUCUAAUUGGUAAAGGAGCAGCGAAAAGAAAGCAGUUCUUCCUUGUGUCUCCAGUUACCACCCACAACACGUCUGAUUUUUGCUGCUUUAAGUGGAAGUCUAUUAACCAUCAUGCUCUGUGGUUUUCUGACCUCUUCUGUUUAUACGUAUUCACAGAGAUAAGCUGUUGUCCUCAUUUUCCUCAGCCCAUGAAGUACUCCGGUCUCAUUUACAUCCAUCUCCUAAUUCUCAACGUAAGGCUCUGCAGAGCUGAAAGCUCUUUAUGUAGACCCCAAACACUUCUGUCUGUAUGCAAAGGGAGGCCGACACUAUAUAUGCAUGAGUAUAUGCAUAUUGUAAAGAUGAAAAUGAUUAUUUUGUCACAAAUAAUCUGAGGUGUUGUUUUAUUGACUCUAGGGUUACAUUUGUGGUUGUCGAUAUAGCUUUGACUACAGAGUUUUAUUUAUGCGUGAUAGCUGUUUUAUCUUUUGUUUGCUUAGCAGAAAAUGAUUCUUGUUUCGUUUCUGCUGAGGUUCAACCCAAGCCUACGUCUGCUACUCAGGGUAUCGCAUAUUGGAAGCACUCGGAAUAUCCAUAAAUGUUUUAAGAGCCCUUUCCCAGACUCUCACACUAACACCAUUACAGCACAUUGUAUCCGACUGUUGCAUCUGGUCACUGAGAGGAAGUAACAAUAACAAAGUAAUAGAUUUGGUGUUGAUGACUAAAAUACAGGUCCUUCUCAAAAUAUUAGCAUAUUGUGAUAAAGUUCAUUAUUUUCCAUAAUGUAAUGAUGAAAAUUUAACAUUCAUAUAUUUUAGAUUCAUUGCACACUAACUGAAAUAUUUCAG